AUGGGUUUUGUCGUGCUGGUGCUUCUGUGCGCUCUCACCGGGCUGGUGUUCGGGGACAGUAAACCCAAGACAUGCUCGGACAUCAGGCACUUCUACAACAGCAAGGGGUUCAAUCUGAACGGAGUCCCGCACACAGUAAUAUCCGAUUUUUUCUUGGAGCUGUUGAACCGUUCUGAAGCAUCGCUCCAAACCUCUUUCCAGACCGGGUUUGGACCUCUCUUCUCCCAAAUCUCAAAGGUGUUUCAGGAUCUGUACUCAGACCUUCGGCGCUACUACCGAGGGUCCAACGUCAAUCUCGAGGAGGCACUGAAUGAAUUCUGGGCCCGUCUGCUGGAAAGACUCUUUAAAACUUUAAACCCUCAGUACAUUAUUGGAGAGGAGUAUCUGGAGUGCGUAGCCAAGCAGUCAGAAACGCUGAAGCCGUUUGGAGACACGCCAAGAGAGCUCAAGACCAAAAUCACACGCACGGUUAUUGCGGCCAGAACGUUUGUGCAGGGUCUGGUGAUCAGCGGCGAAGCGGUCAGGAAGGUUUCACAGGUGUCUCUGAGCACUGAAUGUGUGCACGCCGUCAUGAAGAUGACAUACUGUCCUCACUGUAGCGGCGUGGAUUUUGCCAAGCCCUGCUCAAACUACUGUAAGAAUGUCGUGAAGGGCUGCCUCGCCAAUCAAGCAGAUCUGGACUCGGAGUGGAGGAACUUGGCAGAUGCUAUGCUGGAGAUAGUUGACAAACUGAGCCGGCCUUACAGUGUGGAUUCGGUGGUUCUGUCUCUGCCAAAACGCAUUGCUGAAGCUAUUCUCUACAUGCAAGACAACCUCAAAACGUUCAACAAUAAGGUGUUUCAGGCAUGUGGUUCUCCUACUCAGAGCUCCAAAACUGAGGACCAGAUCAAGCGAGGUAGAAACACAGCAGAAGAAGUGAGCGGCACCCCAGGAGCCCAACUGGAGAAAGUGUUAUCCGAUGUGUCCAGAAUGUUGAGGGAUAUCAUCCAGUACUGGGUCCAUUUGCCCAGAAAACUGUGUGUGGAUCGCGAGUCUGGACCAAGUGAAGCAGACAGAUGUUGGAACGGAAUGAGUGUGGAUAGGUAUCUGCCAGAAGUGAUGGGAGACGGGCUGGCCAGUCAGAUCAAUAAUCCUGAGGUGGAGAUUGAUAUUACCAAACCAGACAUGACUGUACGCAAACAGAUCAUGCAGCUUAAGAUAAUGAUCAACCGACUGAAGUAUGCCAUCAAUGGAAAUGAUGUGGACUUCCAGGACACCAGUGAUGAUAUCAGCGGUUCAGGAAGUGGAAUGUGUGCCGAUGAUCAGUGUUCCCGUGAUCCACGUUUAACGGCCCCAAACACGGACAAACCCAACGUAUAUGCCUAUCCGUCAGAGAACAAGAAGGUGGUGAACGGAAGAAGCGGCCAGAACCUUCCUAGCGUCAGCCUCUACCUUCUCUCAUUGGUCACAGUCUUGCUUAGGCGAUAAUUGGCAGGCAAUUCCACCAGACA